AUGCCAUCUCCCUUUGCUUCAAACAACAACUCAAGCUCAAUUCUCGAAUCUACCCCCUCUGUUUCAACGCACCACAAUGAAUCUGAAACCGACAGAAGAUGCUGGAUCUGUUUGUGUAGUGGUGAUGAACCACCUCCUAUGGGAACCAGAAGCGAUGCCCAUGAUUGGGUUCAUCCUUGUGGUUGUUCUUUAGUUGCUCAUAGAAGAUGUCUUUUGGACUGGUUCAGCGAGAUGGAUCUAAAAUUGAGACAAGAUCCUGACAACAACGACAACAAUAGAAAUAAUAAUGCUAAUGCCAAUAGAAACGAUAAUGCUGGAAAUAUGGAAGAUGAAGAAAAUGAAAACGAAUUUGAAAUAAAUAUCGAAGCAAAUCUUCAAGAUAUCAUCCAGGGCGAUCAGCCAAAUGGAAAUAACCAAACCACCACUUUGAAUUUCAGUUUGGGAUCCUUUUUUUUAAGAAUACUUGGUUUGGAUAGUCUCUCAACUCAAAAACCUCAAACAAUCGUUGAUAUAAGAUGUCCUCAGUGCAAAGAUCCUAUUUUUAUUACAAUUCCUUCAAGUCGACUAGUAUCUUUAAAAUCCAGCCUAACUCAGCAUAUCCGAAAAUUAAUAAAAAACUUUUCUUUAAUCAUUACAACAACUUCGAUAGUGGGUGGAAUUUAUUUAGGAGUAACUUUCAUUCUUUCUAUAAGUGGGUAUUCUACUUUAGAUAGGUUAGUUCCUGAAAGCAUAAAAUUAAAAAUAUUUAAUGUUCCUUUUUCUCCAUUUUACAGGAAUUUUGCUGAUUCUCUUGAUAAGAAUUUAGUUCCUUUUAGUAAAGUGUAUCUUGUGAACACCAUCCCAAUAUAUAUGCUAACACUUAGAGCAUAUCCAACAUCACUCACCCAGGAAGUAUUUCUUCAUUUUUUUCCUUUUAUUUUUCUUAAUAAUACCCAAUAUUAUCCAUAUAAUUCCUAUGUGAACCCCUUUAUCAAUGUCAAUAAAAAUGUAAAUUGGUUCAAAUCAAUUAAACAAACCUUCAAAGAAAAAUCACCAUUAAGAUUUUUAUUUUUUUUCACACCACUAAGAUAUGCAUAUAAUAUUUUUUUCAAAUAUACUUUUAAUAGAGUAUAUUAUAAAUGGGUCAAUUCAGUAAGACCAUGUUUCAUAGCUGAUAGGAUUUCAGUUGAUUCAAUACGGGAAGUUGAAAGAGAAAGAGAAGAAGAAACGCAAUAUUUAAUUAACAAAGAAGAGAUUGAAAAAAACUUUAAAGAAGAAAUUAAACAAAAAUAUCAAAAACUGGUUGAGAAUUCUGGAAAUCGCCCAAACUUUUUAACGAUUAUAUAUGGAAAAAUAAUGAUGAAAAUAAAGUUUCUCUUGUUCAAUCCCUUAUUAUCGAUAAGAUGGCAAAGAUUUAAAAGAGAAUUGGUCUGUGUUUCAAAUAACGAUUAUUCUAACGUCUUUAGGUACAAUUCAAAAUUUCUAACAUUGGGAACAACAUUUUUAUGGCCUUAUUUUGGAAGAUUUGUUUCCGAUAAUUUAUUGGCUUUUAUACCAAAUCUAAAUUCAUUUUUAGCAAAGUAUUCUGAAACACCGGAUGAAUCUUCAUUUGUUAGAAAUUUGCUAGGCUGUUUGGUUGUAGUUUUAUUAAAGGAUUUAUCAAAUUUAUUUUUCACAUAUAUUAAAACCAAACAAUGGAAAAAAGUUGAUGUGUUAGAAUUUGGUAGUGCAAAAUGGAGAUCUGCUUUGACUGAAAAAAUAAUAAAAAGAAUAUAUAUAAAUUAA